GUCAAAUUAUUUUGGGAAGUAUUUGUGGUUUGUUUCCGUAAAGAAGAAAAUGUCUUUAGAAGCUGAUUCACUCGAUAAAGUAAAAGAAAAAUAUACAGAAAUUAGGAGACUGUUAGACGAAGAAAGUAAAAAUGAUCCGCCAAGUCAUCCUUACAAAUCAAAGUACGAAGCACGGAAACUUCUCCAGGAGCUUGACUCUGAUCUAAAUAUUAAUAAAAUUAACGAUACAGAUUUAACUGUUUUAUUAUUAUCGUUAAUUAAUUAUGAUUUAGGAAUAAUCGCUAUUGACACAGAAGAAAUAUUUGAAGGUGAAGAGUGUUUCAAGAAAUGUUUGGAAUACAUUAAGGAUAAUGAUUGCAGUCCAAAGUAUUGUAUUUUAUGUAUGAAAGCUUUGAAUCAGUUAGGAAUAUUGUGGUCUGGACGAAAUGAAUUAAAAAAAGCUUGUGAAUAUUUGAAAAAGGCUGAGAAUAUGUAUAAGCAGUAUUUGACUGAAAAUCCUUCAGUAAUUCCUAUUGAUGCAGUGCAACUGUUUUUAAAGAAUUCCAAUAAUGAGCAAGGAAGUCUAAUUUUUGAAAAAGUUUAUACCCAUACUUUGUAUUACUUGGCACAAGUAUAUAAGAAUUUAGAAGAAAAUGAAACAGCUGCUCUCUAUUGUUUCAAUACACUCCAGAGACAACUGGAGACUGAUGAUUAUGACCCAAUUGAAUGGUCAUUGAAUUCUGCAACUCUUUCUCAGUAUUAUUUUGCGAGUGAUAACCUGUCUGCGAGUCGACACUUUUUGGCAUGUGCUGAGUAUAUAUUAUCAAUUUUUGAAAAGAAAGUUGAAAACAAAGGAGAAAAAAAUGAAGAGCAAUGGGAUAAAAUAAAACAUUGCAAAGCAUCGAUUGCUAGAUGUUGGAUUAAUUAUGGUUUGUUUAUUUUCACAAUAUCUGAACAGGAAGUAUUAUUGAGAGCUGCAAAAAAAGAUGGAGAUAAUUUUAAGGAAGAAAAUGAAAAAAGGCAUUUAUCAGAUCCAAUUAAUGAAGAUCAGUAUGUUCUUAUAGAUUCACCAGAAGUAAAAAAAAUAGAGCAAAAUAUAACAAAUCAGUAUAUUCUUACUUUUGAAAAAGCUAGAAUAGUUUUUCAUUCUGUACAAAACUGGCUGAAAGUGGCAAAAGAUUAUUUUACUCUUGAUGGUCAUACUACUGAUUAUGUACAGUUAACACAGGAUUCAAGUCGUCUGUAUAAAUUACUGGCCUUCUUUGAAUCCAAUGCUGAUCGCCAAUGCAAAAUGCACAAAAGAAGAAUUGAUCUUUUAGAAGAGAUUUUGCAGCAAUUAAAUCCACAGUUUUAUUUGUUAAUAUGUAGGCAAUUAAUGUUUGAAUUAGCAGAAACAUACUCUGAAAUAAUGGAUAUUAAAUUGAGCAUUAUGAAAAAUGAUGAAAGCAGGCAAUCCAGCAGUCAUGCUAUAAAGAAAGUAAAUGCAUUAAUCUUUAAAGCUGUUCACUAUUUUGAAAAAUUUAUUGAUACAUUAAAAGAGAAUAAUAAACUGCCUGAGAAAUUUGCAGAGGAUGUUGUUCGUCCUGCUCUUGUUGCACAUUUCUGUAUUGGAAGACUUUAUUCUAAACUUUUUGCUGAACCACAAAAGCAACUAGAAAAUAUAAUGAUAACUGAAAAAUAUUAUAAAUAUGUAAUAAAUUACAUUAAGAAGUAUCCAUCACAAGAAAAUUCAAUAAAAGAGGAACUUCCUCUGAUUAAAGAAAUGGUUGAAUUAAUACCAGGAAAAAUUAAAACUAUUUCAAGGGGAUCACUUGUUUUAUGAAGAAUUAUAUGAACAUUUUGAUUAUAUAUUGAGUCUGCAUGAAUACCUUGCUGCAUCAUAUUGAAUUGAGCAGAUACAUAGUUAAUCAGUAUUUAUAGGCACUUUGCCAUUUAAUGAAAUAUAAUAAAAUCUUCAUAAUUAUUAUAUCAUGUAAGUUGCAAAUCUAAUUGGGCUGUUUUGUAUUGAAAUUCCUGAAGUGAUUGAUAAUGAGGUAGUGAUUUAUUAUAGUUAUCAUAGAAAGUUUAAUUUAUUUUUAAACAAAAUAAUUGUAAAAGUUUUAGUUAAAUGAAAAAUGUA